AUGACAACAGGAAUGGAGGAGGAGCAGGCCGAGGAGGUGAAGAAGAAGAAGAAGGACGACGAGGAGGACACGAUCCCGCCCGAGAUCUGGGAGCUGCUCAAGGGCGUCACCAAGAAGAGCGAGUACGAGCGCAUCGCCUUCCAGUACGGCAUCACCGACCUGCGCGGCAUGCUCAAGCGCCUCAAGAAGAUCAAGGUGGAGCCCAAGAAGAGCGAAGCCUUCAUCCGGAAGCUGGACCCCGCCUACCAGGUGGACAAGGGCAACAAGAUCCGGCUGAUGGUGGAGCUCAGCAACCCCGACCUGCCGCUCAAGUGGUACAAGAACGGGCAGCUCAUCAAGCCCAGCAACAAGUACGUGUUCGAGAACGUGGGCCUCAAGCGCAUCCUGACCAUCAACAAGUGCUCGCUGGCCGACGACGCCGCCUACGAGUGCCGCGUCAACGACGAGAAGAGCUUCACCGAGGUCUUCGUCAAGGAGCCGCCGGUGACCAUCGUGAAGGGCCCCGAGGACCAGCAGGUGGUGGUGGGCGAGCGCGUGGUGCUGGAGGCCGAGGUGUCCGAGGAGGGCGCUCAGGUCAUGUGGACGAAGGACGGCGUGGAGCUGACGCGCGAGGAGACCUUCAAGUACCGCUUCAAGAAGGACGGCAAGAAGCACUUCCUGAUCCUCAACGAGGCCACCAAGGAGGACACCGGCCGCUACCAGAUCAUGACCAACGGCGGCGAGGCCGAGGCCGAGGUCAUCGUGGAAGAGAAGCAGCUGGAGGUGCUGCAGGGCAUUGCGGACCUGACGGCAGCCACGGAGCAGGCGGUGUUCAAGUGCGAGGUGUCGGACGAGAAGGUCACCGGGCGCUGGUUCAAGAACGGCGUCGAGGUGCGGCCCAGCAAGCGCAUCCAUCUCCCACACACCGGCAGGAUCCACAAGCUGGUGAUCGACGACGUGCGCCCCGAGGACGAGGGUGAUUACACCUUCGUGCCCGACGGCUUCGCCCUCACCCUCUCGGCCAAGCUCAACUUCCUCGAGAUCAAGGUGGAGUACGUGCCCAAACAAGAGCCCCCCAAGAUCCACCUGGACUGCUCGGGCCGGGACUCGGAGAACACCUUGGUGGUGGUGGCCGGGAACAAACUGCGCCUGGACGUGCCCAUCUCGGGGGAGCCGCUGCCCACCGUCACCUGGACCAAGGACGGCCAGGAGUUCUCGUCGCGCGAGGGCCGUGUCCGGCUGGAGGACAAGCACGAGCUGAGCAGUUUCGUCAUCGAGAGCGCCGAGCGCGCCGACGAGGGGCGCUACGAGAUCCGCGUCACCAACCCGGCCGGGGAGGACACGGCCGCCAUCAACAUCCGCGUCGUGGAUGUCCCCGACCCCCCCGAGGCCGUCCGCGUCACCCAGGUGGGCGAGGACUGGGCCGUGCUGGUCUGGGAGCCCCCCAAGUUCGACGGGGGGCAGCCGGUCACAGGUUACCUGGUGGAGAGGAAGAAGAAGGGCUCGCACCGCUGGAUGAAGCUGAAUUUCGAGGUGCUGCCGGCGCUCACCUUCGAGUCCACGCGCAUGAGAGGCGUGCUCUACGAGAUGAGGGUCUUCGCCGUCAACGCCAUCGGGGUCUCGGCCCCCAGCCUCAACACCCCCCCCUUCAUGCCCAUCGCCCCCACCAGCGAGCCCACCCACCUGGUGCUGGAGGACGUCACCGACACCACGGCCACGCUCAAGUGGCGCCCGCCCGAGCGCCUGGGCGCCGGCGGCAUCGACGGCUACCUGGUGGAGUGGUGCCGGGAGGGGGACUCCACGUGGACCCCCCGCGACACGGAGCUGGUGGAGCGCUGCGGGCUCACCGUGCGGGGGCUGCCCACCGGCGAGAAGCUGCUGUUCCGCGUGGUCGGGGUCAACAUCGCGGGGCGCAGCCCCCCGGCCACCAUGGCCCAGCCCGUCACCAUCCGCGAGAUCGUGGAGCGCCCCAAAAUCCGGCUGCCCCGGCACCUGCGGCAGACGUACGUGAGGAAGGUGGGGGAGCAGGUGAACCUGGUGAUCCCCUUCCAGGGUAAGCCCCGCCCCCAGGUGACGUGGACGAAGGAGGGCGGGCCGCUGGGCGAGGACGUGCACGUGCGCACGUCGGACCGGGACACGGUGUUCUUCAUCCGCGCCGCCGCCAGGGGGCACUCGGGGCGCUACGGGCUGAGCGUGCGCAUCGAGGGCAUGGAGGACACGGCCGAGAUGCGCCUGCGCAUCGUCGAGCGGCCGGGGCCCCCCCGGAACGUGCAGGUGAAGGAGGUUUGGGGGUUCAACGCCCUGGUGGAGUGGGAGCCCCCCGAGGACGACGGCAACGCCGAGAUCACCGGCUACACCAUCAUGAAGGCCGACAAGAGAACCAUGGAGUGGUUCACGGUGUACGAGCACAACCGGCCCCUGCGCUGCACGGCCUCGGAGCUGGUGAUGGGCAACGAGUACCUGUUCAAGGUGUUCAGCGAGAACCUGUGCGGGCUGAGCGAGAAACCGGGGCUCUCCUCCAACACCGCCGUCAUCCCCAAAGCCGAGCUGCGGCUGAAGCCCCCCCAGUACCAGGAGCACGAUUUCCGCUCGGCCCCCCAGUUCCUGACGCCGCUGGUGGAUCGCAGCGCCGUGGCCGGAUACUCCACCGCCCUCAACUGCGCCGUCAGGGGGCACCCCAAGCCCAAGGUGGUGUGGCUGAAGAACCAGGUGGCCAUCGGGGAGGACCCCAAGUUCCUGGCGCGGCACAGCCAGGGCGUGCUGACGCUGCUGAUCCGCAAGCCGGGGCCCUUCGACGGCGGCACCUACACCUGCAGGGCCGUCAACGAGCUGGGCGAGGCCCUGACCGAGUGCCGCCUCGAAAUCCGGGUGCCUCAGUGAUGGUGACAAAAAAUGGCCAGCGCCAUCCUGCAGAGCCACAAGCCCAUGGUGGUGAGGAAGAAGAGUGUGUGGGUGACGAAGGCCCCGUGAGCCCCCCAAAAAUAAAGAAUCUGAGCAAUC